GUCCGGUCCCUUUUAGUUCCACAACACGCAUGUUAAACUAGCCGACUUAGCUUCACAACAAAAACAAAACACAAACUGUGAUAACAUGAGCGCAGAUAUUUGUGUUGGAAAUGUUUCGGUGCCUUUACGAAAUCUCCUGAACUCCAUCCGGUGCGUCAGAGACCGAGUCAGAGAUGGAGAGUCCAACGAGUCCGAUGGAGCGUUCAACCUCUCCAACUUCUGGGACACGCUGAACCAGGCGGUGAAGUCUGUGUCCCAGGAAGCCACGAAGCUCAGCCUGGCCUUCUCCAAACCCCCGCUGCCAUCGCAACAGGAUGUGGAGAAGUUGUCGGAUUCCAUGAUGAAGAGCAUCCUGACUCUCUCUACAGUUUAUUACUGGCUGCCUAAGAGCCAAGGCGUUAGUUUGCGCAGAAAGAUCAGAGAUGCCACGGGGGAGGUUCUGGAGGGAGUCGCACAGCUGGUGGAGGUCAUACUGAGCUCGCCGCUACAGAGUCUGACACAGGAACAGUUAACAUCUACGGGUGGAGUCUGGUCCGCCUGCGACCAGUUUCCCCAGUUGCCACAAGAUAAUAAAGCUGCAGUUUUAGUCGUCCUGUCCGAUCAGAUUGGAGUGGUGAAAGACGCCAUCGAAGAAAUUGAACAGGCGUUAUCUGAGGCUCAGGACCCAUUCAGUGACGUCCUUGAUGACGAGCAGGGAGGAGACGAGCCUCGAGGAAACCAGGACACAUACUGGUCAGAGAAGGACCGGCUUGUGAUUGGUCCGUGUCAGGGGCUGAUGAAGGCGUCGGCGGCGUGCCUGAGAAAACUUACAUCGGCCGUCAGAGCCAACGGGGAUGUCGGCACGCUGCAGAAUCUCGCUCAGCUCGACGACCUGGCAGACAUCAGCAAGGAGAUCAGCCCGAGUGUUGAUGAUUUGGCUCUCUGCCUCUACCCUCCGAUGGAUUACAGCGGUGUGGAGAACAAUGUGUCUAAACUGGCAACACUGUUAAAGAAGGUUCUGGAGAUCAUCAGGUCCAGUCACGUGUGCGGGGAAUCACAACUCACCUGGGUCCAGUUCUUAGACGGAGCCGUCGACCACAACCUGCAAAAAGCCAAAGAGCUCAUUCAAACGGACUGCUAGUGUGUGUGUGUGUGUGUGUGUGUGUGUGUGUGUGUGUGUGUGUGUGUUAAUGUGCCUAUAAUCAGACUCAUGUGAAGCAACAUGUAAGGGCGCACUCACACUAGUCUUGGUUGUCUCGUCCCGUGCUGAAGCCUCAUUGUCCCCCUUCCCCAUCCCCCCGCUGGUCUGCACUCACACCCAGACCGGACUCAAACAUAAAAAAAGGGACGCACGGUCGAGUCUGCGUCCGCACAUCAGAAAACGACACUCUGGGGUUUCUCCUGAAUGAAGGCUGACCACGCUAUGUUCCUGUGCUUGGAAGGGACGAUCACACUAGUCAAACAACCUGGACUUUGGGGGGGGGGUGAAGCGAAGCGUGCUCGGACACGGUACAGGUUGCCUGGUGCGAGUGCGCCCUAUAAGAAGUCUCACAAUGUAACUCUGAUAUAUUUAAACUUUCAUGCUCCAGGAAGAGUUAAGGUCGCAUGAACUCACUGAGGUUUAAAGAAUAAAUCUUAAUAAAGUUGAGAAGCUUUGUGCAAAGUU